AUGGAGGCAGACCUGCCCGAAGCUCGUCACACUUUUGAAACCAACUUCUUUUCUGUGAUUCAUAUGUGCAAGACAUUCUUGCCGCUGCUUAUCAAGGCCAAGGGGACUAUUGUGCAGAUUGGGUCUGUUGCGGGGAUCAUUCCCUAUGUGUUUGGUUCCGUUUACAACGCUUCGAAAGCAGCUCUGCACUCGUGGAGUGAUUCUUUGCGGGUUGAAUUGGCACCAUUUGGAGUAAAUGUCACCACCGUCGUGACCGGUGGCGUACAAUCUCGCAUUGCCCGGACGGACCGCGCCCUACUGCCAAACUCCCUAUACGCUCCCAUCGAAGACCAAUAUCUACGUCGCGUAAAACACAGCCAAGACGGUGCUAUGCCGCAUGAUGCAUAUGCACGGAGUGUGGUAGCCCAGGUUCUUUACGGGUCCGCACCAUGGCGUUGGUUAUGGCCGUGGGCGCAGGGCCGAAAGAGUUGGAUCUGGGAAGGAAACAAGAGCUGGUUAAUUUGGUUGUUGGUUGGGGGUUGGGCAUGGUCUGGGGUCUUUGACCGGAUGAUGACCGGGAUGUUCAAACUUUCCCGAUUGAGGAGGUAA